ACCACGCCUACAGGAAGAAGCUGAGUGUAACACAUUGUAGCAGUAAUGGAGGAAACUGCAGAUACGGCUCAGCAGCCAGAUAUCGCUGGGACUGUGCCAUCCGCGUUAUUGUGAGACGAGAAGGCUCCUUACACGGACACUGAGCAGCCAGACUGGAUCCUGUUCGCAGACAUGAGGGGGGCUGGGCUGCUGACACUGCUGCUGAUGGGCUUUGUGCUUCUCCUCUGCCAGAUGGAUGGUGGAGGAUGCAGCACAGUAUCACUGCCAGAAACACUGCUGUUUGUGUCCACAUUGGAUGGAAGUCUGCAUGCUGUCAGCAAGAGAACCGGCUCCAUUAAAUGGACAUUGAAAGAAGAUCCUGUACUUCAAGUUCCAACACACGUAGAAGAGCCAGCUUUUCUCCCGGAUCCAAAUGAUGGCAGUUUAUACACAAUGGGUAGAAAAAAUAACGAAGGCCUCACGAAACUUCCUUUCACCAUUCCCGAGUUGGUGCAGGCUUCACCAUGCCGGAGCUCUGAUGGUAUUUUGUAUAUGGGAAAGAAGCAAGACAUCUGGUAUGUGAUCGACAUUAUUACUGGGGAGAAGCAGCAAACACUGACGUCCUCCUUUGCAGAGAGUCUCUGCCCAUCCACAUCCCUGCUGUACCUUGGAAGGACGGAAUACACCAUCACUAUGUAUGAUACGAAAAAUAAAGAAUUGCGAUGGAAUGCAACAUACUAUGACUACGCUGCCACUCGACCUGAUGAGGGAACAGAAUAUAAAAUGUCCCAUUUUGUGUCCAAUGGGGAUGGUAUGGUGGUGACAGUGGAUAGUGAAUCUGGAGAUGUGCUCUGGAUACAGAACUACGCCUCCCCAGUUGUGGCCCUGUAUAUCUGGCAAAGAGAAGGCCUUAGAAAGGUUCUGCAAAUCAACGUGGGUGUUGAAACUCUGAGGUAUCUUACGUUCAUGUCUGGAGAAGUUGGCCACAUCACCAAGUGGAAGUAUCCAUUUCCAAAAGAGACCGAAACCAAGAGUAAACUCAUGCCCACUCUGUACGUUGGGAAAUAUUCUACCAGCCUGUACGCUUCAUCUUCACUGGUACAUGAUGGUGUGACAGUUGUGCCUAGAGGGAGAGCGAUCCCAUUACUGGAUGGCCCUAGAACAGAGGGGGUGACUAUUGAAGACAAUGGAGAGUGUGAAUUUACACCCAGCACAGACUUGAAGUUUUCUGCAAGUUUAAAAGACAAGAAUAAGCUAAAUUACUGGAGGAACCAGUGGCUAUUAAUAGGACACCAUGAAAUCCCUUUGCCUGCUGCAAUGAAGAUCCUUGAUGCUUUCCCAGCUAAUCUGCCCAGAAGGGAAGAGAAUGUAAUAGCAUCUAACUCCGAGAAUUUGCGCUUCAAAGAGGAUGUCUUAGAUAUUGUAGACGAUCCAGCUCAGCAUACGUCCUUCUCCAAAGACAUCAGUGAUGUGUCCAACACAUUUCUUCCCAAACCAGAAGCUCCAGUGGAUUCUAUGCUAAAAGAUAUGGCUACCAUUAUAUUUAGCACCUUUCUAUUGGCUGGCUGGGUUGCUUUUGUCAUAACGUACCCUAAGACGGUGCAGCACCAGCAGCAGUUGCAGCACCAACAGUUCCAGAAACAGCUGGAAGAGAAGAUCCAACUCCUGCAGAUGCAAAAUAUCCCUUUUCAGUCCCCCAUGGAGGGGCUUCCAGAUGGAGAUUUCCUGGAUAUAGCUGGUGCCAGAAGUGAGAUCUCUGCCAACAGCACUCCUAACGUAUCCCCGAAGGCGUCCAAUCAUUCUUUGCACUCAAAUCUUUCCACGUCAGAGGUUGGCAGCGUCACAUCCGUAGAGCAGGAGGAAGCGGAUGAAGACAGAACGGUAACUGUUGGCAAGAUCUCCUUUAACCCAAGAGAAGUUCUUGGCCAUGGUGCAGAAGGAACGAUUGUUUACAGAGGUCGAUUUGACAACCGAGAUGUUGCAGUCAAAAGAAUUCUCCCAGAAUGCUUCAGUUUUGCAGAUCGGGAGGUACAGAUGUUGCGAGAGUCUGACGAAUAUCCUAAUGUGAUUCGCUACUUUUGUACAGAAAAGGAUCGACAGUUCCAGUACAUUGCCAUUGAACUUUGUGCGGCAACAUUACAAGAGUAUGUGGAAGAAAAGGACUUUGACCGUCACGGACUGGAACCUAUAGCUCUUUUAGAGCAAACCAUGUCUGGACUUGCAUAUCUUCAUUCACUCAACAUAGUGCACAGAGAUUUAAAACCGCACAAUAUCCUAAUCUCCAUGCCAAAUGCUCACGGGAAGGUAAAAGCUAUGAUCUCCGACUUUGGCCUGUGUAAGAAGCUGGCAGUGGGCAGGCACAGUUUCAGCCGAAGAUCUGGUGUGCCAGGAACUGAAGGCUGGAUCGCCCCAGAGAUGCUGAAUGAAGACUGCAAAGAAAAUCCUACGUACACUGUAGACAUCUUCUCUGCUGGCUGCGUUUUUUACUACGUGGUGUCAGAAGGGAAACACCCAUUUGGCAAGUCCCUGCAGCGGCAAGCCAACAUCCUUCUAGGAACAUACAGUCUAGACUGUUUAAAUCUAGACAAGCAUGAAGAUAUUAUUGCUCAUCAACUCAUUGAGCAAAUGAUCAACAAAGAUCCCCAGAGGCGACCUUCAGCCGCAUGUGUGCUCAAGCACCCGUUUUUCUGGAGCCUAGAAAAACAGCUCCAGUUUUUCCAGGAUGUGAGUGAUCGAAUAGAAAAAGAGGCCCUCGAUGGUCUAAUAGUGAGACAGUUGGAGAAGGGAGGACGAACAGUUGUUAAAAUGGAUUGGAGGGAACACAUUACUGUACCACUGCAAACAGAUUUAAGAAAAUUCCGGAGUUAUAAGGGAAGAUCAGUAAGAGAUCUUCUGCGAGCUUUAAGAAACAAGAAACACCACUACAGAGAACUUCCACCAGAGGUACAAGAGACAUUGGGGACUGUCCCAGAUGAAUUUGUAUGCUACUUCACCUCUCGGUUUCCCAGCCUUUUGCUGCACACUUACCUAGCCAUGCAGAUAUGCAGCAAAGAAAGACUAUUCCAGCCUUACUAUUUCCAGGAAUGUACUGAGCAAGAGUCAUGUGCUUUGUCCCCAGAUGUGACUUCAGAGAUUUUUGAAUAACAUAUAACAGCCUGGUUGUCCUUGGGAUUUAUCUAUAUUAGCCAAAGUCUAAAAAAAAUUACACCAAGUGCCUUAAUUUGCCAAUUUUUCUUUUGUGAAGAUGAUGGCAAGUGUAUGGUGGCUCUAAGCUUCUGAUAGUAUUGUCACAGCUAGAAUUUGUCCCUGAAAAGACGUCACAGGAAAAGUGACUUACACGUAUUGAACUAUACGUCCUCAUUUAUUGAUUUUGCCCUGUGGCUAUUUGAUGGGAUAUAUUCUGUUAGACAGCUAAAGACUUCUUCGCUCAUGGUUGCAGUUUUUAAUCCCGGUCCUCACAAACGGUUUCGGUUUGUGCUAUCAGAGAGUACUAGUUUCCUCUGUACACAAUUAAGGAUACUGACACUAAAGGGAAUUAUGUAAUAGCCACCUUGAAGGAUUAUUUUUAAUGUUUGAUUCACAAGUGACCGUGAAAAAAGAAAAAAAAGCCAAUUUAGCUAUAAAAUCAGGUGAAACCAUGUUAUGGUUUUUCAAACUGAUUUUUCAGUAUUUGUCUCUUACUGUAUUUAAAAAAAAAAACCUGUGAAAAUUGUGGCAUAAUCUCAGUGAUAUUGCCUGUUUUUAACCAAAUGUUGUUUCUCUACAGAUAAGGACUUUUCUCUUAAGAGAUGCCGUAUUUCCUUAAUUUUUAAUUUUGUUUUAUCUCAUCAUAAUUUCCAUACUUGGAUUAUAGUGGAAAUUAGUUUCCUUGUACCACGGGAACACCACAUGGGAGACAACCCUAAAAGCAAUGAAAAUAUUCACAAUUUUAAAAAUAGUUUUUAACCUAUCAACUUUAUAUUUAAUAUUGGUUUUUAAGAAAAUUCAAAGAAAAAAACAAACAAAAAAAUAUGAUGGACUUUUAUGUAUAUGUGUAUGGAAAGUUUUUUUUUUAUAUUGAAAUUGCUUUUUUAUUGCAUAGCCUUGUGCCUAAUAGAGCUAAAUGGUUAAUAUGGUUUAUUCUGCAUAUGAAGUAUUUAUGUCAUUGUGUGUGUGACAACAACGUUUAUCUGUGUACAGGGCGAGUAUUCUGGUAAUGACUGGAAAUGUUUUAGUUUGGAGUCGUUAUAAGAUGCAAAAUUGUAUGAGUUGUAGAAUUUGGGACAAAUGAAUGCUGGUGAAAAUUUUUGAGAUUCCUUGUAAAAAGAAAAAGAGAGAAAGAUUAACAUUUUAUGCUGGGCUGCCAGAGAAGGGUGCAAUGUAUAAGGCUGUUCUGCAGCAUUCUCUUGCAUACAGUGGGUUGUUAUGCUUUUGGAAGCAAAGUAAAUAGGAUAUUAAGAAAAUAUAUAAUUCAGAUUUGCAUUCUAUAUUUGGAUAUUGUCUGUAUCUGCAUUUUAUAUGUUAGUUUCAAACAAUUGUUAGAGGAUCUGUAUCAAUUGUUAUAAAUCAAAAACUCAAGUCUGAGACCACACUUUUUUAUUAUUAUAUAUAAAGAACAGUCCUUGACAAAUUCCAGAAACCACUUAA